CAGCCGCCUGUCCGUACUGGUCCCUCCUCUAAAGCAAACUAAUUGGGCCUCUGAGCUGCGUGUGUUUGCUAAUUGGGGGGAUUUUUCUGUCUGUCAGAAAUGAACUAUGUCUCUGUCUUCCUUGCCUGGGUGUAAAGCAGUUUGAAAUUGUAACUGAAGUGACGGGGAGUCAGGUUUGGAUUUCAUUACAGGAAAAGGAGAAGCAAGUACAAUAUUUAAAAAAAAAAAAAAAAAAAAAACCGUGACGGGACACAUAUCAACACUGUAAAAACACGCCUGGAAAAUGUGCAACGCAUAGGUCAAAUUAGGAAGUUUCGGUGGUUUGUUUAGGGCACGGGAAGAAACAAUUAACUACUGUUGGUACCAGUUUCACUGUCGUAUUGUCGUUACAUUGCAAAUUUUGAAAAAAAGUCAGGUGAAAUAAAUGUGCAUUUUGCAGGUGCAACACUGCAAAAGAAUGAGAGGGGUGGCGCUAACCGAAACAAAGGAGCUAUGAAAACAACUGAACAACAUUGAAUGAAUGAAUGAAUAUGAAAUUGAAAAGCGGUGGUGCGUAAGAAAAUAAACUUUUCAGGAAAAAAAAACAAAACAAGGCCAAAUGCAUGGCAAUUUAGGAAAAGCUGCACAUUAAAUUUCUCGACUCAAACGAACGAUGGCAACAGCAAAGGCUAAGACAUGUUCUGUUGUGAAUAGUGCUGGUCAUAGUCCUAGCUGUGAAGGUGGCACGGUGAAAGAGGAUAUCAACAAUGCAGCUGCACAAACCGCAACAGCGUUAACAGCAGCAUUAACACUAGAGCAAAGAAGUUACAAACUGGACGACUUCGACACUGUGUCUACUGUUGGGACUGGAACCUUCGGGCGCGUCUUUCUGGUAAAGGAAAAGAAAACAAGAGGAUAUUUUGCACUGAAAGCAAUGAAAAUUCCUGACGUGAUUCGAUUAAAGCAGGAACAGCAUGUACAGAAUGAAAAAGCAGUAUUAUCAGAGGUUAAUCACCCAUUUCUAAUCAGAUUAUUUUGGACCCAUCACGACGAGUGUUUUUUAUAUAUGCUAAUGGACUAUGUGCCCGGUGGCGAACUCUUCAGUUACUUACGCAACAUGGGCCGCUUCAACAACAGCACAGGACUGUUUUAUUCUGCAGAGAUCGUAUGUGCAAUAGAAUACCUACACUCCAAGGAAAUCGUUUACAGAGACUUAAAACCUGAGAAUAUAUUACUGGACAGAGACGGCCAUAUCAGGCUUACAGACUUUGGAUUUGCUAAAAAGUUGGUGGACAGGACAUGGACUCUCUGUGGGACACCCGAAUACCUUGCACCAGAAGUGAUCCAGAGUAAAGGUCACGGCAGAGCAGUGGACUGGUGGGCUUUGGGAGUACUCAUCUUUGAGAUGCUCUCUGGAUAUCCACCAUUUUUUGAUGACAAUCCAUUUGGUAUUUAUCAGAAGAUUCUGGCCGGCAAAAUAGAUUUUCCAAGACAUUUGGAUUUCAAUGUAAAAGACCUCAUUAAGAAAUUCCUUGUUGUUGAGAGGACAAGGCGGCUAGGAAACAUGAAGAAUGGAGCAGAUGAUGUGAAGAAACACAGAUGGUUCAAGUAUAUAGACUGGGAUGCUGUGCCUCAGAGAAAACUUAAGGAGCCGCUGGAUAGGUGCGUCAGCAUCCUCUAUCGCCGCCAGUUGUGCCCAAAGUAUCUCACGAAGGGGACACAUCAAACUUUGAAGCUUAUCCAGAAGAUGACUGGAAAAAGGACCCCCCUGUAUCUCCUAAGGAUUUGGAAAUGUUCAAGAAUUUCUGACGGAAUCUAACAUUCUAGGAUAUAAAGGAAUGCUUUGAGAAGAUCUGGGAAUGUGUUGGUUAUCAUCCUACAGCCUUUCAAUAUAUGCAAGAAUCCUAUGUCGUCUUUAAUUAACGCAGAAGAACUCUUUUAAAGAUCAGAAUGAUAAACAUGCGUAAACCUUUGUGUGUAGGUUCUUUUUUUUUUUUUUUUUUUUUUGCUUUUAUGGGCAUCAACUUUACAAAAUUGUCUGGUAAGUAUAAUGUUCUAAGUAAAAUAACUGAAAAAAUAAGUAACAUUUACCUCUAAGUUUAUAUUAAAGUUGUAAAUUUAAUGGUGCACGUUGUUGAAUAUGUAUAUACAGCAUAUAGUGGGGAUUUCAUGGUACUGAAGCACAAAAAAUGGUCAAACGUAUAAAUCCAAGUAAAUCCUCACAUGGUUUUAUUUUGAUUGCUUUAAAAUGCAAUGCUGUAGAGCAGUUCUUAUGUUGAGUAAAACACCCCUUAUUAACUGGUCAAGGUGGCCACAUUCUCGUAAUGAAUAAUCUGAGGGCUUUCAUUUAGUACAUUUUAGUUGUUUUGUAUUAUUUAUUUCUGAGCGAGGUGGUUUUGAUUAAUGAAUGUUCAUUCAUAGAAGAUGUGUUGUUUUUGCUCUUAGCACUUAAACGACACUGUAAAAUCCCUUAAAAAGCUGUUCAUGUGUUACACUUUCAGAAAACAAAGAAACUAAAAGGAUGUGUGUAUUAGAUUAGAGCACCUGCCAUAAUUGGAGGCCUUCCUUUAUCUUUUUGUUAUGUAACUUGGAACAUAAUUCAGGCUGAAAUAAUUGCAAAGAUGCAGGUAAGGAGGUAGCUACACUGGGGUGGGGUCACUGAGCCAUUCUGAAAAAUGUUUAACUAAUAAAGAUGAUCUCUAGUUUAUAUAUCCUUAAGGAGGGACAGUAUGCUUGGAUUCUUGUGUUGUACUGAACAUAUCGGGGUACAUACUAUAAUACACAUGCUGUGGAAAAAUCUAAAUGUUAAUAUUCGUACUGGUAAUUGGGACAUUGAAUUUAAGAGUAAAUUAAUAAUUUUCUUCAAAGGAUGGCAUUUCAUUCCUUUUCUCAGUUAGUAAAUUGAAUCUGUUUUUUCAUCUUUUACCAUUUUUAUUUAUUUAUUUUUUUAUUGCAGAAAUGAAUAAUUGUGCUGAAAAAAACAGUUGCUAAAUGUGCACACUGUAUAAUACUCUUCUGAGUUUGCUGUUUUUGUGUCUGUUAUCCCUUGAGUCUACCAGCCCAAUUGUGCUUGCCCCUAGGGGCUAAAUAAUGCUGUUGUGGCUCAAUUAUAAUUAAUGGGGUCCAGCACAGAUGUUGUUGAUUUAAAAAAAAAAAAAAAAAAAAAAGCAGGGUCUUAAAACUUUUCCAGAGCUAAUACGGUGUGAAGAUAAUCUCACUGCUCAUAUACAUCUGUUCAAAAAGCCUUGAGAACAGAAAUGUGUUUUUGUUUUUUGUUUUUUUAGUAUAUGCCUUUUGGGGUCCUACCCAGAGUCCUUGGUCUAGCUGAAUCCAUCACUAGUUAUAUGCCCCCUCAGAGGGAUGUAAAUCGUUUUCAAGAGUAAGUAGCUUUGAAUGUCAUUUUAAGUACUUUUUUAAAAACAUUUUUGUUAGUGUUUUAUGGUGGUAUGGUUCUGUUGCUCCAAUAUUGAAUUAACCUGUCUUUUGAGAUUGCUCUUUGCUAGUCCGGUGAAUUCUAAAUGCAGGGGCUCAUGAGCAGCGGUCCACAUUCUAUUAAAGUGAUGUGACAAUGUGAAUGUUGCUCUCUUAUGUAUGUAGGUAGAGUAGAUGUAGGUAAGUGUUGUAUAAAGGUCACAUUGUCAAAUGAAUUGAGUGGGAUGUGAAAGGCUGCUCAGUGCCCUCACUUAGGGUACUCCAAACAAGCAGGUUAACCAGGUAAAGGCAGAUUUUGAGAAAAAUAAUAACUCAAUAAGGGAGCAACCAAACUCCAAACCACUCAUGAUUACAAAUGCAGUAAAAAAAAAAAAAAAAAAAAAAAAAAAAGCUUCUUGCUCUUUUAAUUAAAAUCGUAAAUGUUUUGUCUGGAGGCUCUAAAGGGCUGUUUUAAACCAGCUUUCUGUUUUAAUGUUUUUAUUUCUUUUUUAGGGGGUGGGAGAUGUAGGGUAAAAACAUCAGGUUAUUACUAUGAUGCUGGUAUAAACUAAACCAUAUAACCACCACCUUAUUUUAAGAACGGUAUAUCGUGUGUGUUUUUUUAUGUUUCGAUUUUUCAAUUAAAUUGUGUGGUGCACAUCUUUAGAUAGACCAUGUUGAUGCAUGGAAUAAAGCAGUGUUGACCACUUGCAGCCUACAUUAAAUAGGGGUACAAAAAGACCACGGUGGACACUGGUCUGAUUUCAGUCGUUAUAGAUGUACAGCAGUUUUGCACAGUCAUACAAACUGAUGAUAGUGCUUGGAGUUCUCCAUUCAUAAAAAUAACUAUUGCGACUUGUCAUAAUGAUCCAUGCUAAAAAAAUGUUAGUUUAUAAGAAAUGGAACAGUAUUCACCUCUUUAUAUAUGUGAAUGAUACUUUAUUUGUGUGUUAAUUGUUUGUUUACUUGCCAACUCACUAUUCCAAAAGAAGUAGGUAAAAUACCUUGGAUCACUCUGUUUAUUCUUCAUCUAAGAACAAGACAGUAGUGAAUCUCAGACAGAUUUUGAACAGGCAACUUUUCCAUCUGAUUUAGUUUAACAUGGGGUGGGGGGGGGGGUAUAUUCAUAUGUGCAUUGUAACAAGUUAUUAUUAAGACCUCCAUGAACAACUGUAGAAUUGCAAAAUAAAAAAAAUAAAUGGCGCUUGAACCUGUUUUCAUCAAGACACAUGAACCAAACACUUAAGUUUUAGAAAGCCUAUUCUUCCAAACUACCAAAUGUUUUUUGCAAACAUUUCGCCAUAAUAUGCACAUUCCCUGUGCUGAUUGGCAGAAAUGAAAUGCAAUUUGGCAUAUUUUUUUGAAGGCAAGAAAUAUUUUGAUGAAUUAAGUGUUUAUUACCCAGUUUCAUGUAUGCAAUUGCCCUUCAUUUUGCAUUUUUAACUUUAUAAAUGCCAUUGUAAAAUACAUUUACUAGGAGUGUUUAAUUGACAGUUAAUAUUGUUGUGUUUGUCCACAACUUUCUAUUGCAUACAAUUGCAAAGAAAAAAAACAAAAAAGGGUCUUCGGGUGUUAUUUUAAAACUGGAUGUAUGGUUUUGUUCAUCACUGUGUACCAACUAAGCCUUUAUUGUAUGUUAAUCUGAUAGAGCAAUCACUGUAAUCACAAAUGUAAUUUGAAACCUCAGUAGCAUUUGUAAAAACAACAAAUUUUUUAACUGCAUCUAAAAUGAACAAUUGUAUCUUUUUUUGUGUGUUAAUGCAGGAUCUUCAAAGCAUUAAAUGUUUGUUAUAAACUGAAUUUACUUUUAUUGUUGUAUUGCUUGACUGCCUGUCCACAUUAUUUUUUAUGUAUUUGCAUUUUGUUCGUACAAGGUCAUGACUUUGUUGGUGUAUCUGAUAUGUUUAGGUUCUGUUAAAAUUGUGCUUUUACACCAUUUGAGGUGGGUGAAAUACUGCAUGCACUAGUGUCACACCACCUGUACAGUUUGACAAAGGGUAGCUUCAAAUUUGACUUCAUUAAAAUGAACUCUGUCGCUGCUGGCUCUGGUUCGGCUUUCUUUUUCUGCCAGCUGCUGGUACUGCUGUAUUUUCCAUGUGUUCAACAGAAAUCGCCCAUUUGGUCAGCAUUUAACUUCCAUUCUCUUUCAAGUGUCAGAAAGAUACAAAAUGCAGAGCAGGCUUUCUUGGCACCAGUGUGUCUCACACACACACACACACACACACACACACACACUGCCAAUUUUGCUUGGAUCAAAAUUUUGGAAAUAAAAAAGGGGCAUUUUUAUCCAAUUCAGGAAAAUUAAUAAUGUUAAUGCUGCUCUACAGUGCUGAGAUAUUCUAAGUUAUGAAAAUGUCUUAAAUAUAUACUAUAUCUGUUUAAUGGUAGCAAAACCUUGGGUACUCCACUUUUAAAGCAAACUAAACAGAGAGAAUACAAAAACUGCUGUGCUCAUUAGUUAAUAUCAGUGGCAGCUUUGACUUCACUUCGGGCCAUAUCAUAGAUCAUGAAAUCUUACUUUUCCAAAAACCCAUGUGCAAUGGACUCAAUGAUUUACUAAAAUGUUAUUGAGCUGUUGUCUGUAGGCUGUUUGGAUCAGUAGAGCCUCAUCUUUGCAAUAUUAUAGGGUCUAAUGCUAGUUAAUUUUCAAAAGAUGAGAAGGCCUUAAGUGGUUCUUAGUAUUGAAAAAAAAAACAUGCAAGCUACACUUCAAGUAUCUUCUGAAUAAAUCUAACAAUCUAUUUUAUAAAGAGCACAAAAACAGUUUGAAUUAAAAAAAAAAAAAAAAAGGGCAGACUACCACUCCCCAAAAUGUCAUAAAUUAAAAUGCUGGAAACCAUUGCAUCAUUCUGGUUAGUUCAUAUUACCCUUUUCUGUCCAAUUUACUUUCAAUUAACUCUUGUGCUGUAGGUCUGGUGUAAAAGUGGCAUAUUUUUUUGUAAUAUUAAAAUGUUAAUGUGUUUAUUUUGCUGAGUAUGAAAAAUGUGGAUGUGUUGAUAGGUUUGUUGUGCUUUUGCACAAAAUGAACGUUGAGCCUCAGGAGCAGGCUGCUGAUCCCCAUGUCACUUUCUUAUGAACCGUUCAAUUCAACAUACUUAUAACUGUUUGAGUCAGCAGACUGCUUUGUGAACAUCAUUAACAGAUUACCUACAUUUUUAUCCAACUGUAGAAUAAGAAGGGGAAAAAAACAAAUGAACUGCUGCUGUAGAUGAAUUGCUGGACCUUUACCACAAGCGAUUUAUUGGUGUAACACCCUCAACAGGCUAAAUAAGUAUACAGAUUUGACUCCUGCUGUGCAUGUGUACCACUCAUAAAUAAACAUUAUUAUACCACAA